AGUCAGUCAGUCCGUCCGUCAGUCGGUCGUUUGAUCGCUCUUAAAACGCAAGCUGAAAACCCCGCGUUACCUAAUUAAUAAUAAAAUGUCUAAUUGCAGUACGCUUUCAGAUGCCACCGAUUAUCGGUGUCCGUUGUCCCAAGGAUUAUAUCGCCACGGGGGUUGAUUCGAUCGGAGUCACCCGAUAUAAAACGAGUGUUUUUUCACAACAAUCAACGUCGUUACGACGACAGCGUCGUCCGACGAAGCGACGGGGUUGCAGCCGCGAGUCUUCUCCACCCCGAUCAUUGUUCACAGCCCCUCUUCAUUUUUCACGACAAUUAUCUUCACCGUCCUCGUUGUAGAUUAGAAAUAAACAGUGCCGUGUCAGUGCUAAAUAAUACUAAGGGCUCGUCGUGGGUGCGAGUGGCAAUUAUUUUAUUGUCACAUCUAUGUGCUUGUGAUGUGCGGAUGUUUCCUCCGAUUCGUCCGGGUGUGGAAACAACAUUAGCAGACGAAAUCUGAUUGCACAAGGUGUGCGAUAGAAAUUUGAGUGAGAAUAAGAGAAUUGAACUGAAAUUUUAACGUGCUUCAAGAAAUCGGCAAGAAGAAAACCGAGGAUAUAAUCAUCGGGGAUUUCCUUCUUCUUUAUCCCCCACUUUCACAUCGUGUCGUCAAUUCUCGGUGGACAAUAUCAUCCUAGAUCAAGUUUCCAAGAAUCGUAGAGAUGGCAGGUUAUGUUCCGGUACUACUAAUUACAGCCAACGUCGGCAGUAUAUUCGAAGAGCCUGGUGUAAUGCUCAAUGUAUGGACGGAAGAAUUUCUGGCCACAAUAGCAAGAUUAGAUCCAAAGUUCAUAGCGCUUCACUGCCAGGAAGUGGGUGGAAAAAACUACGAGCAGAGCAUGAGGCACGUCGAAUAUUUCGUUAGAUUGUUGAUGUCCUCGGAAGAAUUAAGGCUGUUUGACAAAGUGAGGGUUUUUCUUGAUGAAGAUUUUUCAUCCGCUGAACACUUCACCGCACUGGGAAAUUUCUAUUUUAUACAUGAAUCUUUGAAAGAUGUACUAUUGUGGGAUUUUAAAGAAUCAAGUUUUUCACCGGUAAGCGGAAAAGAUGUACAUUCUGGCAACAUUGAGGCCGUCACAACCAAAGAAAAGGCAAAGUUCCCUCAAGACUUUUUUCCAGAAUGUAAGUGGUCCAGAAAAGGUUUCCUGAGAACCCGAUGGAGUAUCAAUGGAACGGUUUUUGAUCUCAUAAACAUUCACUUGUUUCACGACGCCAGUAAUUUUGUGGCAAUGGAAACGUUUCCGUCGGUAUACAGUAAAACUCGAAGAAGAGCCUUGGAGCACACCCUGGAUCGAUUUCACAACGAUCAGUAUCCAAACGUUCCUUACUUCUUAUUUGGAGAUUUUAAUUUUAGGACAGACACCGCUGGUGUAAUAAAGAAACUUACAGAAGACACUCAAGAGAGCAAACUGCCGAAUAAAAAUAAUUUUUCAAAAUUACAAUUCCAUAAUAAAGACGACCAUUUGAUUCUAACCUUGGGCAAAAAAGAGUUUUCGCAUUUCGAGCACCAGGACGUGUUCAUGAAAAACAGUGGCCAAUGGCUUCGAGAGUACGACAGAGAGUUAGAAGACUUUGAAGGAAGAUUAUUAGAAUUUCCAAUUAAUUUUUUACCCAGCUAUCCGUUUGAGGAGAAUAUUGACGAGGGGAGUAAUUACAUGCAAACUAGAGUUCCGGCAUGGUGCGAUCGAGUUCUACUAAGUCCGAUUGCAAAAACACUGGCCCAAGAUGCGUCCGCAUCUGACGCAGUAGAAUACGGCAUCAUUGGUCCAACAACGUGCAUGGGUGAUCACAAGCCUGUCUACCUGAGAAUUGUUCUACUAUCGGAAGCAGGUACAGUAAACUGUUGCGAAUUGGCUAACGCUCCGCAGUAUUGCUUCAAAGUACCCGACAGCUACGUCGAUAGAUUGUCUAUGUUGCCUGAUUGUCGUAGUUACAACCUUGAUAGUAAACAAUCGCAUAUCGACAAUUCAUCGUCUAACCUUUUGCACGCUGCUACCAUUAAGCAUGAUCCGUACACGCCAGACAGCAUGGAUAGUCCUAGUCCUUGUGCACUAGUUGUUCCUGGUGAGGCGUUGCCAGACCUUGAAUCGCCUGAUGAUUACAAUAUGGAAAUUGGCUACGAUCAGUCCGCGCCUCGAUUGUCGACCGCAUCUAAGAGGCUGGAUACUGCAGUGUCGCCGGCGCUGCUAAAAUCCAAGCUUGAGCUUAUUGUACAGAGCAAAAGACAACAGCGGGAUUGUAACUUCCGAAAGAAUGUCGUCCACGUGAAGAAGAUUGAGAAAAGUCCAAGUGAUUGCGACCUGUACUACGCGUCAACUGUCGAGAAAUCUGAAAGUGAAAAACAAAGGGAAGAUGAAGAGGAUGAUAGUGAAAUUGGAGCGAGCAAGAAUUGGAGCAACAGCGACGUUUCCUGGCAGAGAUCUCAAUUGUUGACGAGGGCUUGGGUGCAGGGUAAAGAGCAUCAAGUUUACGACAAUUUUCGGUCAGAUGUUAAUAAUCGCAAAUCAUUAUCUAGCUUGAAUUUGUUGGAUCUAAAGUAUUACGAGGCAGGUACAGAUAUGGUGAUACCGAAAAUAGCUAUCAUAAAUGCUAGCAAUUUCGAGUCGAACGCAAGUUCGGUUCAUAUUAACGAUGAGAGACACAGCGCGUAUUCCGAAGCUAGGCUUAGCACCUAUUCGGAUAAUAGGACAAAAACCAUUAGCGGCGAAGCUUCUAGCUUGGAAAAAUCCGACGAGAUAUGCAGUAGGAUUUACGAUGAAAGUGAUUACGACGGAAGAACAAGAUUUUGUGAUAACGUCAAAGAGAAUUUCAACGAAAGAAAUUAUUCAAUCGAGGAUUCCAGUAUUAACAAGGAUAGGGAUAAGAAGAGAUUAAGUAAAAUAAGCAUAGAUAGCUUAACCGAUGACAUGAAACUGAAACUGGAAGUCAAUUCGUACAAAGAUACAAAAUCGAUAAGUAGAGAUAACAAUAAUAAAUACGUAUCUAAAGACAAAAAUGAUGAAACUUUUAUUAUGGAAGAAAAGUUAUCGACUGAUGAUGACUCGUCGAAAGCUAAACGGUAUGAGAAAAAUGGAGUGUCAUCCGAAGAGGAAAGACUUCUCGUUACGAAAGCGGAAAAGUAUAACGUAGAAGAAAAAAACGUGGUCGUAGAUAAUUUAGAUAGUAGCAGUAGUGGUAGUAGUACUAAAGCCAGUGUAAUACCAAACAUAUACGAAUCGCAAACAGGCAACACUGCCAAUGCGAUAAAUGAUAGUUUAAAUACGUACAGUUCGAUUAACACAGCAUUGCCUAACGAAACUGAGAACGCUUACAAAUCGGAAACCCGUAAUGAAGUACUGGCAUCGUUAAAUACAACACGAAGUAACUCGACCCAGAGUCAAGACGGUAAUAUAAAGCUAGGGUUAACAGCGCGAAAAGUCACUGAGAAAUGUAAAAAUGAUAUUGUCAGAGAGAAGGGUAAAUGCAGGAGAUGUUGCUGCGUCAUAUCCUGAAGUAUACUUUAGCAGUUAUUGCGCUAGAAUAAAGUGUAUUGAAAUUUUUAUGGCAACAAAAUUGGCCUUCUACCGAUGCUAAAUAUGAUUCGGGUCAGUUUUGUUUAGUGAAAAUGGUUACUCAAAGUCAUUCGACAAGAUAAUAUUGUGAAAGCAAAUAGUGUUCCUUUCUUAUUGCGAAGGUAAAAACGUGCCGCGUUUGUGCAAAACAGUCAUAAAAUGUUGAAAAUUUAUAUCGUCGGGCUAGUUUUAUAGCCUGGAACAAAGUUAGGAAACGUAUCGGAGAAUUUAAGACUAACUUCUUGUAGUCAACCUGCUGAUAAGACAUACGUAUAUGAAUUUGCAUACGAUAAUUGUAAUGCAUAAUUUUUGAGUGAAUCUUGAAAAACAUUGAAUUCUGUUAAACUACAGUUGAUUGUGUAAUUAUAGUUUUUCUUCAAUUAUAAUUAUAGGCCUUUUAAUUAGAAUGAUUGUUUUUGAAAGAGAAU